AUGGACGGCUGCGACCUGCUGGUGGCUGAGACGGCCGACGGCCUCUACGACCUGCGGGACAGCUUUGUCUUUGAUGAGAAGUCUGACCUCUUCAACCGCUGCGCCGACGACGGCAACCUGCCGGCCGCGCCUGCGCGCUUCCAGUGCAUCCCCUGGGCCGAGCUCGGCAGCGGAGACCUGCUGAGAAACAAGGACCCCUCCUCACGGGUCCUGAAAAUGUACUUUGUAGGCGUCGCCACGUUGGAGCCCCGCAGCAUGGACAUGACGUCGCUGUACAUGUUUGACGCCGCCAGCCGCGUGCUGUCGCGCGCCCCGGUGACGACGGUGCACGAGAACAUCGACACCCCCAUCCUGAGGAUCAGGCCGGAGGGUAUCACAAUCGAGGACGCCGCGCAGGCAACCCCUGUGUGGGCCAUCCUGGCCAAGGACUACUGGCAUGACCCGGUGCCAGAGCCCGACGAGCGCGGCUACGACCCCGCAAAGCACAGCCCCGAGGCGCUGGCCGCGCAAUUUGUGGCGCUUGGGGGCGAGCCGGCGGCCAAGGAGCAGGGGGCGGGCGCCGAGGGGGCGGGGGAGGGGGGCGUGAUGGAGGUUGCGACCGGGGAGGAGGGCGAGGGGCUGCCGGACGGGCUGGAGGAUGACUCGUAUGUCGAGGACAUGCCCGACGUGCCGGCCGUGGACAUGAUGUGA